AUACAGUGGAUUGAAGGGGACGAUUGAUUUUAAAGAAAAUUAAAGACUUCUUAUUCAACCACAAAUAAUCCUCCUCAGAAUCCUUCUUCAAAAUCAGUCGCAUAUCAAAACAUCAUCCAUUCGACCCUUCCAAAUUACUAAGAUUCCAACAAAACUCGAGUCGUACCCAUAAAAGAGACCCAGCCAUCCUUUCAUGCAAGGUCGCGCUGUGCGUUUCCAACCCUACAAAGAGCUAUCGAUAAUUGUCACCACAUCUAAGAUACUGAAUUCGAGCUUCGACGGCUAGGAAGAGCUCGUAAGGCUUAUUGCGCACAUGUUCCUAGAUUCCCCGAGGUAGCGCAUGCGACUUUGCUCCUACGGCCCCUCUCCAAAGUCCCGAAUAUUCAAAUCCUGUGUCGACAGCCAAGAUAGAGCCGAUAAAUCGUAUAAAGGUCGAAGAGGGGGCUGCUGUCGGCGUACCGCAAGGAGGAGGAGGUCUGGUAGGUCAGCAAGGGCGAGAUAAUAUGCCCGGCGUCAUCAUGGACAGUGCGAGUAGGAACGGGUCGCAUACCAACCACGACAGAGAUCGACAGUUCAACGGUUCCAAUGGUGAAGCAAAGGCUUCCGAGAAGGGACGAGAUAAAAGUCAGGCACGAUCUGAGCCUCAACAGAGUAUGACGCCGAUCAGUCCAGCGGUUCGUAAUGGGAUAAAUGGCAACUCUACGGAUGGCCCAGCGCACCAACAGAACUCCGGAGGGGAACCAAUUCCAAAGGACAUUCUCGAUCGUAUACACGACCUUCCACCUGAAGUCGAACAUAUCACAUCGAACUUCUUACCUCUAACAGAACUGCUGAAUCGAUUAGCACAAUCUACGCAUAACGACUUGAGGCAGGAGAUCAUGAAGUUGGCGAAUAUGCCAAUACCCCAGUCAGCGAUCAAUACGAGCUCGCCCCAUAUCACCAAAGAAGAUGAUACCUCCAACGAUAAUGUGAACAAGAAGGUAAGCUUGCUCAAUUUUGCCCAAACUCAACAUAGUCGUUGGGUCAAGCAACUGGUUCUACUAAAUUGGAGUCGAAACGCCGAAGAAGUGAGCAAAAUCAUCGACUUGAACAUCCAUUUAUGCCAGAAACGAGGAUUAUACCAGUAUAUCCUACACCAUAUGAGUGAAGUCAAAAGGAAGCUAUGCGACGUUGAUUCACCUAGGCCCGAUUUAAAAACUGCAGUAGAAGUUUUGUCAACUGGGAAAGCCAAUUGGAUGCCAGACCUUGGAUACAUUGCGCCACCUCCAAUGACUCCCAAAGAGAUACUCAAAUCCCUGGAAAAGCUCAAUACUUUACUAUCCAUCCGUUUGAAUCUGCACGAGUACGACAAAAUCCCCUUACAAUUUAAGAACUAUACGAUAAAGUCUGGUCGCGUGACCUUCAAAGUAGCCGGCGAGUUUGAAAUCGACUUGACAGUUGCAGAUGAGAACCAGGAGUUGCAGUUCUGGUUCAUUGACUUUCGAUUUUUAUUUUCCCCCUCUCUUAGCGAAUUACCACCCCGGCAUCAAUAUCACAUAGAGAGUAAAGUCAAUGCAGCACUAGAAAAAGAUGGCUUGUCUGGCUGUUAUAGUUAUCUACAUGAAAUGGUGUUAACUCAUAAGAUCAGCGAAUUUAGGAGACAAGCAAUUGAACUUUCUAGAAGUACUUGGGUUGAUGGGGUUAAAGUUGAGCCACUUCAUCGCGCCUUAUGCAUCCAAUAUUGGUUGGAUAGAUACAAGAAAAAUGGACCACGAAGUUGGAUUAUUCUGGGAGUUCACAGUGGACGGAGGAAGGAUGGGUACCAUGAUCCUAAAACGACAAGCCGACUCUCUAUAAGAUGGUUUCGAGAUUCAAAAGAAGUCAAAGAUGUGGACAUUCCAUUCGACACGGUCAACAUCUCGGCUGAACAACUCUUGAAGACUGUUAUUGCAAUGCACGUCAAUCACAUCUUGGGUUCAACACACAGCAAAUUGGCCGCCGAACCUAUCUUUGCGAAUCGCGAGGCAUCCUUGUCACUACACACAUCUAAGACUGAGCCAAAGGAGUCUGUACUCGGUGUGCAAUUGACGGAGAAACAGCAUGUAUCAAUCACUAUAGAACCGGUCACGGGAAUCUUUAUCUUCAGUCCAGCCUCUCGAAUAAUAACCUCGUCACAGAAUAAGCUCAACAGCCUGGAUCGCGAUCCUGCAAUGGACGCGCAUUUCAACAUCGAGAAUCUUCGAUGUUUAGCCAUUUCGGAAGAGCUCACUAUCCUUGGCACUAGUGUUGGAUGGAGAAGGGCUGAAAAUCCCGGGAUAUCUAGAGAAGACCUGAAACGCAAAAUUCCGAAAGACACAAAGCAAAUCACCUGGUUUAGGAGACCUGGAUGGCAAGAGGAUUGGCUUGUUGCUGUUACGCUGGGUAUGAGUGGAGAAAGUUGGUGGUUGUUUCAAAUAUCCAAACAAUCGACGGGCGUUAAAGUCUUAACCUCUAUCCACAUACCCAUUAAAGCCGUCUCACCAACGCCCUCUUACGUAUUUAUGUCUACGCUACACAUUUUUGCAGGAGGUCUCAUAUCACAAUAUACUAAUCUCAAAGCUCUGCAUGAUAGGCGCAUUCGUCAUACUGUCCGACAGUCUGGUCUACCUUCACCCGUCAAACUUCCUUCAAUUUGGAUACAUAUUCCUGGACUAUUCCAAGCCAGGGCAAAACCAACAGCGCAUAAAACGUGGGCUACAGAUUUCCUCAAGCUUAAUUUUCAGGGGCUGGAGCCAAUUUCAAAUCUUCCAUCUCAGUCACCGAUUGAUGAUUCGCAGGCUAUUGUCCCUAAGCCUGAGCAGAAGACAGUACUGGUCACGGUUGUACGCAUGGCAGUACCUAUUCCAGCUCUUGCGGUCUUGAACGAAAAGAUAGAUAAAGAUAUUGCCUUUCAACCUAAAACAGGAGAGAUUGCUUUUAGAUUGCGGUCUCAAGUUGGCGAGUCGAUAAUUCCCGCCCUGACAGAGCGGUUAUUCCAGAUUGAACGUCUUAUCUCUUGUACUGCUGUGCUUCGUAAGCAUGAAAAUGUUAUUAAAUGCGAUAGGAUUUCACUACAAGAAAUUGCAUUUUCGUAUGGGAUGCCACCAGUAGCUCAAACAGAAUUGGUCACUAGCGCAGACAGGACAACGCCUCUUUCAUAUAAAGCAGUGGUCAGCUUAGGAUUAGUUGAAGGCAAAAUGAAACUUACGUUGGAGAUGGGUAACCCUCACAUACGUGUUUUGGAUUCUUUGGACAAAGUCUUGAAUAUUGCAAAGAGUGGAUUCGAUGCUGUUGCGACUCUUCUUCCACAAACUCUAUAUUCUUUGCGGGCUUUUGAAACAAUAGAAAAUGCCUGGGGCCCUCUUCAUGACAAAGGCGAAGUAUUCGUGUUCGUCAGGGCUUUUGAGUGGUUCAGACUACGUUAUGUUCUCAAGCCAAGCGCUCCCGAUAUGCCUCCACGAACAGUCUCAUUUGAAAUCAAAAUGUGCCAUCGCAAGCAAAAACCAUGGUGGCUUGUCCGUCGUACAGAAAAGACUGAUAAGGGGGUAAGAGGGGACGCAGUUCCGGAUGAUGAAAUUGAUCUCCGUUUGAAGUCAGUGUGGGAUUCCCGAGGAGAUGAUGACUGGAAGGGCAUGCGUACUAGCGCAGUUGGCCGUAAUCGUGGCAUUGAAACCUGUCUCGAAAAAAUUGAUGCAGUGAUGCGAGAUCUCUCUCCAGAAGACCUUGCAGUUCAACCAUCGCAACAGUCGCAAACGAACACGCAAUUACAAGCUGUAGGGCCACAAGGACAACCACCUUCGCACCUCCAGCAGCAAAGACAAUUACAAUUGCCCACGCCAGCAAACUCUCAGAAUCAUCCACAAAGUCAAGGAAGUAGCCAAGGACAACAACGGAUGCCAACUCCUAAUAUGAACAUGAAUCUAAAUAUGAAUCAGAACAUGUUGAAGAGAAAAUCUUCCGGUCAAGCCAUGAACCCUAGGGCGGUUAAAAGAGAAGUGGUAGAAAUCGAUUAGUAAAUUUUGCUUAGGACAAAUGAGAUGGGGCAAUGAUAUAAAUGGUUUUCAAGCAUGCAUGCAUAGGCGCACGAACUCGAAUGAGAGAUAAUUACGUUAUGGGAAGAUACGAAUAUGCCUUUUUUAUAUUUCUUUUUCAUCUUGUUACAAUACAACAUUAUAUGAGGGGUGGUGGCAGGCUGGAGGCGACAUUCACUUUGCAUGGCGUUAGACCUCCCCUCUUUCCUUUUAUAAUUUGGGGGCGGAGGCGGAUAAGAAGCGGAGAAGUUGGAGCGCGGAGGGCAACGCAAGCUGUAAAAAGAAAACUUUAUUGAUGAAGCUGGGUGGCAUGGCGUUUAGUCGGGGGCCGACUUUUUUUUUUGCUUUUCCGAGGAUCUUUCCAGAUUUUCUCUCGGAGCGGGAUGGCGGUGCAUUGGAUGGGGAUUAGUGGUUUUAAUGCGAGCCUUUUGCUCUUCUUCGUUGGUUCAUGCACUUGUCUUUACUAUAGGGGCGGAGGUGAAGAGGGUGGAUGAAGAAGCGGGUUUGGGAUGGAAAACAAAAUGGGAGAGAGUGGUUUGUGUGUACAGGAUGGGGAUAUAAAAUGGGGAGGCGGAGAGAGAAACAUGAUAAAUACGAUAGGUGAAUGGAUGGAAAUGAUAGGGAAAGGGAGGCUUAAGCGAUGUUUUUUGGGAGAAUAUGAGAAGGGGGGAGGGGGAUAGGACAGGUAUGAAUGUGAAAUAGAUGAUGCAUUCAUGCUUGUAUGUAUGUAUGCAAGACUUCACUAGCAGUAGUGGGCAGUCAGAUAACGUUAAUAUUAACGUUGGUUUGAUAUUGUUAUCUUGUAAUGGCGUAGAUUGUGAACGCAAAAAGAGAGGUUGUAGGUAUGUGUGUAUUAUACUGGUUAAAAUAUCAAUUCGCCCUCUGAAAAC